AUGUUGAAUGGCUCCAAGGAUCCGGAACGACCGAAGCAAGCCGUGAUCUUGGCGGCCGGCCGUGGCUCACGCCUCGUGCCCUAUACCGAUGCACUCCCGACGGCGUUGAUCUCCAUCGGUGGCAAGUCCAUGGUGGCUCACACGAUCUCGACUCUGCGUCGCCAAGGGGUCGAAAGCUUCUACCUGUGCCGGGGCUGGAAAGGAGAUGUUUUCGAUGAGCACCUGACCUCGCUCGGCGACGGAGUCCAGUUGAUCGACUGCCCCGAUUUUGCAACGACUGGGAUGCUGGAGAGCUUGCGCGUUGCACUGCCACAUGUCCGACCUGGGCCCUUGCUGGUUUGUUAUGGGGACAUCAUCUUCCGCCACAGCGUGGCACGGCAGCUGCUGGAAACCACAGGAGGUAUCGCCGCGGUGGUCAACGCGGCGGCUCCUGGUAAGGAAAGCAAGGGCUUCAACGAGGUUGAAGUGGUCGCGGCCAGUGGCUCUGGCCCCGACCGCGCCAUACGGCGAAUCGGCAAGGGUCGGCGUGUGAGCGAGUGUGACUGCGCCGGGGAGUUUGCUGGGUUGGUGAAGUUCUCUACAUCCGGGAGAGGUAUUAUGGAGGAAGUCGUUCGCCGGCUCUUCCAGGAGGACAAGUCCUGCACCGGCCAAGCAUGGAGCUUGCCCUGGUGGCUUGAGCCUGUCGGCAGGGCCAGCUUGUGCGACCUGCUUCAACUCAUGGCCGAUGAGGGCAUCUGCAUCUCCCUGGCCAUGGUUUUUGGUGGAUGGCAUGAAGUUAACACUCCGCCGGACUUGACGAGGGCGUGGAAUGACACUGCGCUGUUCCUUUCGGAAGAGGACACCGUCACCCAAGUGAAGGCUAUGGGCGCUUGCCUCCUGAGUGAGGCCAAUGACCUGAAGCGGCCGCUGCCAAUUGUCGCCAAGGAGCUCAAUGUCAACUUGGAAAGGCUUGAAUGCUUGCUGAAAGGCAAUCUAGAAGUGAGUGACGCUCUGGAUAUCAUGCGCAAGAUGAGUGAGGUAUAUGCCGUGCCGCUGAAUGACUUGUGGUUGGAUGCAGAUGACACCGAUGCCGGAGUUCGAGUCUUCACCAUGGAAGCUUCGGAGUCGUCUGCUCGCAUACUUGACAGAAAGGACAGGACAGGCAGUAGAACGCCCUACUAUGAGUAUCGCGACGCUGCCAUGAGCCGCUGUAGCCAGUUUCGGCCAGAGUGGAUCAAGGUGCUUCGUGUCGUUGCAUCUGGAGAUCCGCUUGACCCCGAUGUUCAAAUGAACAAUGGGCAUCUGAUGAUGCAGACCACUCUCUUUAUUGGCCCUGUGGACUUCUACUACACCGACAGCUUGGCAGAUGCGAGUGCAGUGAGUGCAGUCGUGUUGGUCGAUGGCAGAGACGUGGUGAACUACGGAAGCCCCGGAGGUGCAGCCCUUUUCGUGCUCGCAUUGGCAGCCUGCGGGCUUUGGAGUGCCUUCGUCGGCCCAACGAAACGUGCAGCGAGGGUGGACCGAGUGGCGUUGGAGGCAAGCCGAAAGUUCAUCGUUGGUGGAAACUGGAAGGCCAACGGAAGUCCAGACAGUGUCAAGAAGCUUGUCAAGGAUCUGAACGACGGAGACAUCACGGCCAAGGAUGUGGAAGUCGUGUGCGCUCCGCCGUUUGUCUUCCUCUCGGAGGUGCAGGGCAGCCUGCGCAAGGACUUUGCCGUGGCCGCACAGAACCUUUGGGACAAAGAUCCAGGUGCAUGGACAGGUGAGAUUCCUGCACAGAUGCUCGCUGACAUGGGCAUCAAGUGGGUGGUUCUCGGCCACAGCGAGCGCAGGGAGAACUGCGGUGAAACAAGCCAGAUCGUAGCCGAGAAGACCAAGUUCGCAGUGGACAACGGCUUCAGCACGCUUACAUGCAUUGGUGAGAAGCUUGAUGCCCGCGAGGGUGGAAAGACUUUCGAAGUGCUGGACGAGCAGCUGAAGCCUUUGGCAGAUGUGCUCUCUGAGGAGGACUGGGAGAAGGUGGUGCUGGCAUACGAGCCGGUCUGGGCAAUUGGCACCGGAAAGGUGGCCACUCCUGAGCAGGCCGAAGAGACCCACGCUUACAUCCGAAAAUGGCUGACGGACAACGUGUCCGAGAAGGUCAGCGAUUCGGUCCGCAUUCAAUAUGGAGGCUCAGUGAACGACAAGAAUGCCGCUGAUCUCGGACAGCAGCCCAACAUCGAUGGCUUCCUUGUUGGUGGUGCUUCACUCAAGGGUGUUACAUAUGGCGGCGCCGUGCGUCGGGCCUUCACCGAGCUUUCACGUGUGGGUGCAAAGCAGGUGGCCGCGCUGGCUGGUGACUCUCGCAACCCAGAAGAAGCCCGGGAAUGUGUCCUGAAGCGUUGCCUGGCCGCAGAAUGCUUGAGCCCAGCUGAAUUGGUCUCUGCAUUGGCACCGGGCGUGGCCGAAGGCCGUGCUUGGGAGCUUCUUCGAGGAGCGGAGGCCAGCAGCAACGAGAUUCAGAGUCUCGCAGAUGUUCUGAAUGUGCGCGUGUCUGAUUUGCUGGUCAGCCCCCUUGAAGACGAGGAGGAGGUUGUUGUGACAUACGCAGAGAAGAGCCAGCAACAUGCACGUCGGAUGAACGGCUACGUGCUCUUUCCUGGUGCCCGGACAAGGCACCAGCCAGACUUGAAGACCUUCGACAUGGAGGUGCUGGAGUCUGCAGCCCCCGGCGAGAGUCUCAGCUGUGGGCUGCACACUUUCGUCUACCACUUCGGCUCCGAAGCCGUCGAGCUGAGGUGGUCCACCAGACUCGGGGCUUCACGUGCUACAAUCCUACGACCAGGAGAUUCCUCCUACAUUGCACCCUUGGUGGAGCACAGCUUCUCUGUUAUUCCUGGGGCUGCGCAGGAGCCGGGGAUGAACGGUGCAGCCUGCGGAAAGGGGCGGCGCCUCUUCCUCGUGCGCAUCCCCGGGCAGCUGUCAGGUGAGACGCUCGCCGAGUUUGCCACAUUUUCCACCCAUGGCCGUGAGCGCGUCGGAGCAGAAACGGUGCAGUGGUAUAAUUGA